UGAACACAAGCGUGAGGAGCUCGUGAGUUUGAGUUGAGUGUGAUUAGACUACUCUGAGUUUUGUUUGGAUGGUUAUGGUUUUGUUGGAUAAAUGGAGUAAAGUUAGCAGUUCAGGUUAUUUGGAAUUUGUUUUAGUAUUUAGAGAAGAGGAGAAUAAUUAAUACUUAAUUAUUUUAAGCACUCAUCGUCCUUAUUAUAAUGCGAAAUUAUUUGUAUGUUUGAGGUCAAUUCAGGUAGCCAAAUAUGACGGAAACAAAACUGCCUAUAGAUUUAUUGAAACAGAAGUUUGCAGCUGCAAAGAAGCGUAAAGUGGAAGAGAACAUUUAUGAUAUUGAUCCAAUAUCAGAUGAUGAAGAUGGACCUGCUACUGUCGUCCCAGAAAAAAUUAAAACACACAGACUAUGUCCGUACUUGGACACUAUAAACCGUCAGGUGUUGGACUUUGACUUUGAGAAGUUGUGUUCUGUGUCAUUGUCAAGGAUAAAUGUUUAUGCUUGUUUGGUGUGCGGAAAAUAUUUUCAAGGUAGGGGUACCAACACUCAUGCGUAUACGCACAGCGUGGCCGAGAGUCAUCAUGUGUUCCUUAAUCUGCUCACACUCAAGUUUUACUGUCUGCCAGAUAACUACGAGAUUGUGGAUUCGUCGCUUGAUGACAUAAAGUAUGUGUUGAACCCCACAUUCACAUCAGAACACAUCCGACAGCUAGACAACAGUGACAAGCUGUCGAGAGCCAUAGAUGGGACUCUGUACCUUCCCGGCAUCGUGGGACUGAACAACAUCAAAGCCAACGACUAUUGCAAUGUCAUUCUCCAGGCUCUGUCGCAUGUGACUCCUCUGCGGGACUACUUCCUUCGUGAGAUCAACUACGCUAGAGUCAAGCGGCCGCCAGGCGACAGCUCAUUUCUGCUGGUCCAGAGGUUCGGUGAGUUGAUGCGCAAGCUGUGGAACCCCCGCAACUUCAAGGCCCAUGUCUCGCCCCACGAGAUGUUACAGGCUGUAGUGCUCUGGAGUAGAAAGAAGUUUCAGUUCACUGAACAAGGCGAUCCAGUAGACUUCUUGUCGUGGUUCUUGAACGCAUUACAUCUGGCAUUGAAUGGCACGAAGAAGCCUGAUUCGUCCAUUAUCUAUAAGUCAUUCCUUGGCUGUAUGCGUAUUACUUCACGCAAGAUCCCGCCUGUGGAACUCGAUGAUGUACAGAGGGCAGCACUGCAGCGCACUGACGAGUACGCGGAACAGGUGACAACUUCCCCGUUUCUCUACCUGACAUGUGACCUCCCACCACCGCCACUCUUCAAGGAUGAGAUCAUGGAGAAUAUCAUCCCACAGGUGAAUCUCUACCAACUGCUGACCAAAUUCAACAAUGAAUCAGAAAAAGAGUACAAGACAUACAAGGAGAAUUUUUUGAAAAGGUUUGAGAUCACACAGCUGCCACCUUACCUAAUUCUCUACAUCAAGAGAUUCACCAAGAACACUUUCUUUGUGGAGAAAAACCCAACAAUUGUUAACUUUCCAGUCAAGAAUGUUGACUUUGGAGACAUCCUUACACCAGAGGUGAAGAAGAGACACAAGAACACAAUCUACGACCUUGUGGCGAAUAUUGUCCAUGACGGAGAGCCCUCCAAGGGCACCUACAGAGUCCACGUGCUGCACAAGGGCACCGGCAAGUGGUAUGAGAUGCAAGAUCUCCACGUCACAGAUAUUCUGCCACAGAUGAUCACUCUCACAGAAGCCUACGUUCAGAUCUAUGAGCUGAGAAACAACACAGAGAAUAACAGAUGAUAUUGAUGUCAGUACAACCAGACUUUAAUGCAUUUUGUCAUUAGAUUACCAAUCUAUCAAGAAGACUAUCUGAUUGCCACAGCAUACAAGUGAAUCAAUUUCAUCUCUUUGUACAUAUAUUUAUUAUUAAGUAAAGUUUUAUAUAACCACA